GGCGACAGCUGAAGUCUCAAAGACAUUCAAUGUUAAGAUACGAAAAUAUUGUUAUAUGACACUUCUUUCUUGUGCCUAUGCUGGAACUGGAAAUGUCCUCAAGGUUCAAAACCUUCUGGGUCACUGUGCUCAACAUCUUGAGAAGGGUGAAACCCACCAGGGACCUGCUGUUCUUGGAAUAGCUAUGGUGGCUAUGGCUGAAGAAUUGGGCGUUGAGAUGGCAAUUCGAUCAUUGGAGCACCUUUUGCAGUAUGGAGAGCAGAAUAUACGUCGUGCAGUUCCAUUGGCUCUUGGUCUCCUCUGUAUAUCAAACCCAAAGGUUAAUGUUAUGGACACUUUGAGCAGGCUCAGCCAUGAUACCGAUUCAGAAGUAGCAAUGGCUGCAGUUAUCUCCUUAGGUUUGAUUGGUGCGGGGACCAACAAUGCUCGAAUAGCUGGCAUGCUUCGCAAUCUCUCAAGCUACUAUUACAAAGAUGCCAACCUUCUGUUCUGUGUUCCGAAUAGCUCAAGGUCUGGUACAUUUAGGAAAGGGCCUAUUAACUCUUAA